AUGAGUUGGGAGGGGGGGCGGCGAAGUGGGUUGUUGGGAUCAACGGUAAAAAGGAUGAUGUUCGUUCAUGCAAGACUUAUGAAAUUUGAUAGAGUUCUUCUCAUCGACCGGUAUCGUCUGACGUCACGAAAAAUACGACACGAAAAAGAGGUGCAACACGAGGACUUCCCCGGAGUUGGGAGGGGGCGGCGAAGUGGGUUGUUGGGAUCAACGGUAAAAAGGAUGAUGUUCGUUCAUGCAAGACUUAUGAAAUUUGAUAGAGUUCUUCUCAUCGACCGGUAUCGUCUGACGUCACGAAAAAUACGACACGAAAAAGAGGUGCAACACGAGGACUUCCCAGGAGGUCACCCAUCCUAG